UUCCCAUUGCCAUAACCAACGCUGAUUGCUCACCAAAGUGCAAAGCGAAGGCAAAUGGAUUUCUGUAACGCUUCACUUUAUUAUACAUAUGUUGGAAAAGAUUCACAAAUAUAUAGAAGUGUUCGUUCUUUGCCUACUUACAUCAAUUCUUGAAAGCCCAAAAGGAAGAGGAACAAUUUCGUUACAACCAUUCAGCUUCUGAAAGUAAAGGGGAGUGUAGAAUGGAUGGUUUGUAUUGGAAAAAUAUAAAGCAAACUUCCCAGAGAAAAAAUCAUAGUUUGAAGGGUAUGCCACAAUGCAUGUGUUCUCUCUUAUUUCAAUUAGUUAGAGUUGUUGUGGGUUUGUGCUCAAUACAGAGGAUUUUGGGUCUCUGGAAUUUCUUGCUCAGCCUUUCUCUUCCAUUUUUCUGCUCGUGUCUAUUAAUUGGAAACAAAAAAGUCCUUUACAUGUAUGUAAAUGUCUUGGUAAUUUUAUGAGAUUCCUCAAUCUCUUCAAAUUUUUGAAUGACCCUAAAUGGAUAAUUUAAAUACCCAUCUCCUAAAUCCAGUAGCCUCUGAGACUAGAGUCCUUGGAGGAAAAAAAAGAAGUAAUCCUGUGGAUAAGCUGCUAUCUCUGCAAGAUUUUGAAAACAGUGAAGAACUGUCAAACCUGUUUCUGGCACCUGAACUGCAGGCCCAGUGGCUUAGGCCUUUGCAGGCAGGACAUGGAGGGUUUUAUCUUCCCACAGGUCAGAGGCCUCCUCCUGAGGCUGUUGAGGAAGUGGGGAGCUCCACUGAUGACAUCAAUCCCUCAAUGGAGGAAGAGAGAAAGAGAAGCAGGAACAUUGAUCAAGAUCAAGAUUCUGAUUCUGUUGACAGUGCUUGUGCUUCCAACACCCCCCAUGGGAAUCCAGAGCAUGCUAUUGAGGCAGAACACAUCUAUUCUCAUCCACUCUUCAGGAGGUUUCUCACUGGACAAAUUGAGUGCUCUAAGGUUGGAGUGUCAGAUCAAACUCCAGUAGCUCAACUAGAUCAGCUUGAAGAGCAAUACAGAGCAUUGUCUACAACAUCAAUGCCAAUUGGAUCUCAUUCAGACCUGGACCAAUUCAUGGUAGCAUACUGUGCCUUGCUGGAAUCUCACAGAGGAGAAAUGACUAAGAUUUUCAGUGAGACUCAAGAUUUUCUUAAAACCCUAGAAAAAACCAUGGAAGUGAUAAGAAUGAGAAACCCAUCUGGGCUUAGAAACAGAGUAUGCUCUUCAGGCCCUCAAAAAAGUUCACAAGCAAUGGACAUGGAAGCCAAACUUCAUGCAACAAUACAUGCAAUGGUGGAAGAAAGAAAGCAGCCACCUACCACAAAACAUCAAAUGACCCAAAUCUCCAAGGUCACCAAAGAACUCAAGGAAGAAUUUAAUUCUCAAAGAACUAAAAGGUAUUCAAGGCUUCCAGAGGAAGCUACCAUGAUCCUUCAAGAAUGGUGGGACAAAAAUCAUGAAGUCAAUCCUUAUCCUUCGAAGGAUGACAAAGUAGAAUUCGUGAGAAGGACAGGGCUGGAGAUAAAGCAAAUAGAAAAUUGGUUUUCCAACCAGAGGAAGAAAUUGCACUAGCCAUCUUACAAAUCUGGAAGACAAAUUAUUUGAUACAAGUGCAACGCACAUUUGUUAUGUGAUAUUUUCUAAUUUUACUGUAGUCAUUUUACACUAGUAUAGAUUGGGUUGUUUGUAUAGAGUUAUAUAUAGCUAGGGAACAGUACUGGUGGUUCAUAGGGCUAAGAUUGCAGUAUUUAGGUUUUUACAGUAGGAAUUUGGGUCUACCUUAUUAGAUGUACUGCUCUAUUGCAUGUUUUUGUUUUGAGUGUCAAAAUAUUAAGGAAGAGGAGCUUCUCUUCAGAGUCCAUUAG